AGCCUUUAGCACGCAGCAGUCCGUCACAGUUUCUUGACAGGAGGCACUGGCGCAGGGGCAGUUAGACCAGACGGCCACCAUGGUGCUGAACCCUGUCAUCUCCAAGCUCGCUGGUAAACUGGUGGUGCUGGCGAGUGCUUCUCCCAGGAGACUGGAGAUUCUCAGCAAUGCGGGCUUACGGUUUGAGGUGGUACCAUCCUGGUUCAAAGAAACACUUGAUAAGAGACUUUUCAAGGCACCUUAUGAGUAUGCUGUUGAGACGGCCAAACAGAAGGCCCUGGAGGUGGCCAGGAGGAUGCCCUUUAAACACCUGAAGACUCCAGACAUAGUAAUCGGAGCAGACACUAUAGUGACUGUUGAUGGCAUGAUUCUAGAGAAGCCUGUGGAUAAAGAAGAUGCUUACAGGAUGCUAUCAAGCUUGAGCGGUAAAGAGCACAGCGUCUUCACGGGUGUAGCUAUUGUCCUCUGCCAUGAGAAAGGGAACGAAGAAGUGGAUUAUCAGUUGAUAGACUUCUACGAAGAAACAAAGGUGAAGUUUGCUGAGCUCUCAGAUAAAAUGCUGUGGGAGUACAUCAAUAGCGGUGAACCCAUGGACAAGGCCGGAGGCUACGGCAUUCAGGCUCUCGGAGGGAUGCUGGUGGAGUACGUCAACGGAGACUUCCUCAAUGUAGUGGGUUUCCCCCUCAACCACUUCUGCAAACAGCUGGAUCUUAUUUACAACCGCUGUACUUCCUCCUCGGACCAAGAACGUGCGUCUGUCCAGAUGAGCCACAACAGCACUCCCACCACCUCCAUUCUCCCUCAGCCAGCACCCAGCCAGCCAGCCGAGUCCAGCCGCAGACCCAGCUCUUCAGCCAAACACAGCCCCUCAUACAGCCCCAGACCCAACAGUCCAUCUGGCAAUCAUGCACACCAGAACAGCUCUUUAGACAGUCCUGUCCAUAAGAUAAAAAGGAAAGGCAGUGAAAGUGAAGAGGAUGAGAGCUCCUGGACGUUGGUCAAUAGCCUGUCUAAACACACAGAUGACGCAAACUCUGUUAAUGCAACAUUACCACCGAUGACCAGCAGAGGGCAGGCCACUGGGCUCAAUCUGACAGAACAGGAGGACAGUGAGCCAAAAAAAGAGGACUUGCAGCGAAUCAUUGAUCUCAUGGAUGGAUUCAAAGCCUCAAAGGCACUCUUCACCGCGUCCAAGAUGUGUGUGUUUGACCUGCUACAAAGCAGACCAGGGCUGGAUGCAGCACAAGUGGCUCAGGAGAUCAAAGCCUCAGUGAAGGGCACUGAGUGCCUGCUGGAGGCCUGUGUGUCUUUGGGACUGUUGAAGAGCAAAGAGAGAACAUGUCAGAAGCCAGUGUUCGAGAACACAGAUCUGGCCAUGCGGUUUUUGCUGUCAGACGGUCCUUAUUCGCUGCGGGGCUACAUCCUGCACUGCAACGACACCGUGUGGCCUCUGUUCUCCCACCUUCAGAGUGCUGUGCGGGAAGGAGUCAACCAGCGCGAGAAAGCUUUCGGGAAAGCAUCCACGGAUAUGUUUCAGGAUACUUUCUACAACAGUCAAGAUGUCAAACUGAGAUUCAUGACUGCCAUGCACAGCAUUGCUAAAGUUACUGGAAAAGCUGUAGCAACGGCCUUUGACCUCUCCAGCUUUAAAACUGCCUGCGACCUUGGAGGAUGCACUGGUGCAAUGGCCUACGAGUUUACUAAAGCUCAUCCUGGCUUGUCAGUGACAGUGUUUGACCUGCCUGCUGUUGUUGAGAUGAAUGACCAUUUCCAGCCGCUCCACAAAAACAACAGGGUGUCAUUUGUAGCAGGAGACUUCUUUGAAGAUGAGUUACCGAAAGCAGACUUGUACAUCCUGGCAAGAAUCCUCCAUGACUGGCCUGAUGAGAAAGUCCAUAUUCUGCUAAGUAAAAUCGCAGAUGCAUGCACACCAGGAUGCGCGGUGCUCGUAGCAGAGACCAUGUUGGAUGGACACACACCCUACUCUGCUCUGCAGUCUCUGAACAUGCUUGCCCAGACUGAGGGGGUAGAGAGGACAGAGGGCCGGUAUGCAGACUUGCUGCGCAAACAUGGAUUUGGGGACAUGCGUGUGGUUCGCACUAUGAACUUCCUUGAUGCUUUUAUUGCCAUUAAAAUGUAGCAUCACAAUCAUGCACACAACUACUUACGUGUCUCAUUUGUUUGAUGGAUGAGCUUUGUUCAGUUUUCAACCUUUAAACUUAAAACCACAAAAGGUAAAAACAAAUUUCACUUACAUCAAAGCUCAUGUGUAAUAUCAGGAAAUGCAGACACAAAUAACAUGCAACUCUUUAAACCUUCUGUGAUAUGAUGCAAUGAUAUAGGUAAAGCCUGCAGAUUUAAUUAUGUCACCCUAAUAUCAGAUACAUCUUGCUUGUGCUGCAGCUGCUGACUCAGUAUCCUUCUUUAACUGCUGUACAACUGUGAGAAACUCUACACUACAGAAAGAAAUGUUUGUUUAUGUAUACAUAUACAUGUACAUUCCCUUAAAUUUCUUAUGUUUUCUCUUAAUUUUCUGUUAAGAGAAAAAAUAAGAGACGUCAACUCCAGAUGCCCUUAAUGUUCCUAAGCAUGCAUUUUUUUUCUGAAAUGUAGUGGAGUACAAGUGGCAAGAGAUUAAAUACUGAAGUAUAAUAAAAGUGCCUCAAAUUUGUACUGAAGUACAGCACUUGAGAUGCACACUAAAAGAUGCUAGUAUGGUAGUAUUUCUUUGGCCCGCAUAUUUUAUAACCCAGUCAUUAUUACUCUAAAAUAUAUAAUAAUCUAAAUGUGAUUAUAUGAUAUUCAUGCGUUCUUUCUCUCAUUAAAUCUUCUAAAUCUUA